CUUUCAUCCAUGGAUAGUACUUCACUUAUAAAUGCGAAUCUGUUUCAGCAAGCCCCAAUUAAGAUCCACUCGCAUGUCCCCAUCUACAAAGAGCAGUCUGAAUUUUGAUCAGUUCAUUCAUGGCUAUUCCGUUGCCAAUUCUUGUCCAGUUACUACCACUACUGCUAGUUGCAGCGGCGCCAUGCUCACUUGAAGCAGCAGCGCCGCACCAGUUGCACCCCAUCGUCCUGGUGCCCGGCUACGCCACCAACGAGCUGGACGUGCGGCUCACCGAGCUCUACCGGCCGUCGUCGCCGCGCUGCGGCGAGCGCAAGGGGAAGGGCUGGUUCCGGCUCUACCUCAACUACUCGGCCCUCCAGGACCCCGCCAACGUGCCGUGCUUCGCCGAGCAGAUGACCAGCGUGUACGACACCGCCUCCGACGACUACUUCAACGUCCCCGGCGUCGAGACGCGCGUCCCCUUCUUCGGCUCCACCCAAGCUUUCCGCUAUCCCGAUCCAGACCGCAAGAAUUUCUCGUACAUGAACACGUUGGUGGAGCGGCUGGAGAAGGUGGGGUACCGGGAUGGCGAGACCAUGUUCGGCGCGCCCUACGACUUCCGGUACGUGGUGGCGCCGGCGGGGCACCCGUCCAGGGUAGGCGACGCCUUCCUCCGAGCGCUCAAGGGACUCGUCGAGCGGGCGAGCCGGCUGAACGGCGGCAGGCCCGUGACGAUCAUCACCCACAGCGCCGGCGGCCCGCUGACGCACCAGCUGCUCAUCCGGCAGCCGCCGGCCUGGCGGCAGCGCUUCGUAAGGCGCUUCGUGCCCGUCGCCGCUCCGUGGGGAGGCAUCGUGCUAGGAAUGGUCACGCUCGUCUCCGGGAACAACUACGGCCUGCCGUUCGUGGACGCGCGGGCGCUGCUGGCGGCGGGCAGGAGCCAGCAGACGAGCCUCUGGCUGCUGCCAAGCCCCAGCCCGGCUGUCUUCGGCACCGCGCAGCCGCUGGUGAUCACCAAGAGCAGGAACUACUCGGCCGGCGACGUGGCGGACUACCUUGUCGCCAUCGGGUUCGGCGAGGCCGUCGGGCCAUACGAGUCCCGCGUGCUGCCGCUGUUCGGCGGCUACCUGCCGCCUCCCGGGGUUCCGGUGACCAACAUCGUUGGGGUCGGGGUGGGGACCACUGAGAGGAUUGUGUACCCCGGGGAUGACCUCGAUGCGACGCCCGCCACGGUCGCCGGAGACGGUGACGGAGUGGUGAAUCUGGCGAGCGCCCUCGCGGUGGAGAACAAGUGGAAGGAUUAUAGGCUGGUCAAGGUGUCCAACGUGACUCAUAAUGAUCUUGUGGCCGAUGAUCAAGCGCUCGAGAUUGUUAUCCGGGAGAUUCAACGGGCCAAUUGAUUAAUGCAAGUGUGUACGUGGUAGACUGGUAGCUGUGCGACGAUUUGCAUAAUGUAGCAGAAGCUUAGACAUGGUCUAUGCAUUCUGUCGGAGUACAAGUACAAUAAAAGCAUCUUUAAAAGAUGAUGCAAAUUAAACUUGGUGAUGUUAAACCUGUUUUUAGGUUACAUUUGACCAAAAAUAUCUCUCCAAGAAAUGACCUUGAUCUAUUUAGUGAUGUAAAAGAUUUA